AUGCCUGGGGUGGGUGGCCCAGAUGCCUUGCUCUGCCUUCUCCUUCUGCUUCUGGCCCCCCACAGCCCUGAGGGGGCCCAUCUGCCUCGGCGCAGGUUUGAGUACAAGCUCAGCUUCAAAGGACCAAGACUGGCAUUGCCUGGGGCUGGAAUCCCCUUCUGGAGCCAUCACGGAGACACCCUCCUGGGCCUGGAGGAGGUGCGGCUGGCCCCAUCCAUGCAGAACCGGAGCGGCGCCGUGUGGAGCCGGGCCUCUGUCCUCUUCUCCACGUGGGAGGUGGAGAUGCAGAUGAGGGUGACUGGGCCGGGGCGCCGCGGAGCCCAGGGCAUGGCCAUGUGGUACACCCAGGACAGGAGCCAAGUGGGUUCCAUUCUGGGGGCGCUGGCCCCGUGGGACGGCAUCGGGAUCCUGUUCGACUCCUCGGCCCAGGAUACCGAGAACAGUCCUGCCAUCCGGGUGCUGGCCGGUGAGGGGCUCGCCCCCCACGAGUCGCUGGGGGACAGAGCUAGCCAGGUGCUGGGCUCCUGCCACCGGGACUUCCGGAAUCGUCCGUACCCUGUCAGAGUACGGAUCACCUACUGGGGUCAGAGGCUGCGCGUAUCCUUGAACAGUGGCCUCACUCCCAGUGACCGGGAGGAGGUGUGCAUCGACGUGGGACCCCUGCUCUUGGCCCCAGGAGGUUUCUUUGGGAUCUCAGCAGCCACCAGCAUCCUGGCAGAUGACCAUGAUGUCCUGUCCUUCCUGACCUUCAGUCUGAACGAGCCAGGUCCAGAGGAUCCCCCCCAGCCCUUCCUGGAGAUGGAGGAGCUUCGGUUGGCAAAGAAGCUGGAAGGGCUGAGGGCAAGGCUGGCCCUGGACACAAGGGAAGACAAAAUUCCAAAGUCAGACUCUGAAGCCCAGGAAGGGGGACUUGGCCAAGGUCAGCGCCCUGCUCCGCGGGCAGCAGAUACUGCUCCAGGAUCUGCAAGAGAUGAGGGAAGCAGCUGCACGCAUGGCCUCACGAGCCCAGGUCUUCUACCUGCCUGUUGGCACCCAGCAUCAUUUCUUGGAGCUGGACCAGAUCCUGGGCUCCCUGCACAAGGAACUUUGGGUCUCAGUGAAAGCGGCAGCCAAAGCUCCCCGCCAACUGGGUCGGUCCCCAGGAGCCUCCUCAUGCCUGCGGCCUCGUAUCUUCCUGUUCUUUCUCCUCAUCCAGACUGUAGGCUUCUUCUGCUACGUGAACCUCAGGCAGGAGCGGAACAAGAGCUUUCAGGAGUGUCUGUUCGCAGGCAGCCUUCCUCCGAGUUCUGCAUCGGAAGUCCCCAGUGCCCUGGGUGCCCUAAGGAGACAGCCCCACACCCCCAGCAUGCAUGCAUGAUUCACCUCAAAGCCCAGGGGAAAUGUCCAUGUCUCAUGCCUGGAGGAUGGAGGGCUUGUCCAGUUGUGCCUUCAAAGUGUCUUCUAUGCCUCUCCUUCUGGGCACCCAACUCCUACCCACAGCUUAGCUUUUGGGUAAUUAAUUCCCACCUUAUUAAAGGUAGACUUCUUCUCCCCAUGCUUUGAUAUGAUCCUUUAUCUUCCAGCUUUGCCUGAAUCUCUUGGAAGGUUUCCACCUCCUUUUGGUAGGUAGCUGGCAGUGGGCUCCAAGCUGACAAGGAGGCCAAGGUCUCACUUGCCCUCCAAGAGACCAGAUAUUCCACAGGCCUUGGGCUCUGGACUACAGAGGGGUAGAGGACUGUCCUAGGGGGAGAGGAAGAGCUAAGUAUAAUUCUGUCCCCACCUUCACCCAGAACAGGGAGUGAAAGCUCCCAGUGCUUUUCCUGGCUCACUAGCAUCACCAUUAACAACCCUCUCCUUCCCCACUCCCAGCAGCUUCAGGGGUCUGCAGGGCAGAAAGAGGAACCUUGAGACCAUGAACCCUCGGAGCCAUAACUGGGAAUCCCCCUCUAGGAUCUCCCUCCCCCUUUUCCAGUGUCAAGUUCUUUGGUCAGCUUUGGGGCCAGUGGGUUGAGGGGUGGGGGCUCAGAGGGCCCAAGGUCCUUGCCCUCUUGCGGCUGGCCAGAUUUCCCAGCUGAAAUCCUGGCUAUCAGCGACCUCUAAGAGAAGGAAGUAGGGACAGGGUAGGAGGCAGGGUUCAGGCGCAUAUCAGAGCAGCCCCUUCUCAUAGGGAGCGACCCCACCCCCACUCUCCCCCUCGCAGGCCCUAAUCCGCUGUCGGCAGUGCCGGGCAGAGCUCGGAGUUGAAGGAAGCACGUGGGGGAGGCGAGAGUGGGGAGCGGGCACGUGGUCCAGCCUCCUCAGCCCCGUGCAUGCCCCCC